UAUAAGUCAUAAACAAACCGUAACUAGUGAUAAUUUAGAAUGAAAUAAUUCACAUAUUUAUUGAUACUAUUACUGUUAUGUCUAUACACGAUAUCCAUUCCUGUUCCAAGGUAGAAUUUAUUUAUUUAAACAUUUAUAUCGAAGAAGCUAUUCGGACCCUGAGAAGAGUGAGAGGUUGGGUUUAUUAAAAAAAUAUUUUAAAUUAUUGUUGUAGGGUUGUGACAGUUUAAAUUUAACGGAGUUUUGUUAUCUGAGUCAGUUUAUUCUGAGUCUGGGUAUUCAAAUCUGAAAGACAAAGUAACUUCAAAGUUCAAACACUGAACUAAAUGCUAUUCAGAUGUCAUUUGUGGUAGUUUAUUUUAAAGUAAAUUUAGAAACAUAUAAUCCAUUCAAUUAUCUUUUUUGGUACCAAAUUUUGCUUAAAAAACUAACAAUAAUAUUUUAAUUUUUUUAAUAAACCCAACCUCUAACUCUUUUCCGAGUCUGAAUCCCGGGUCCAAAUACCCCAGCCAAGGCCGGCUCAAAGCGGGUACAUAACACAAGCACCAAGGCGCCCAAACGGACGAAUGCGGCAAAAUUUGUUUCUGAAAAAAUUUCUGAACUCUUCCCAUAAUUUUCCAGAGGGCGGACAAUUGCUUAUUUUCACCCAACCUAAAAUGUCUAGCGCCAGCCCUGGCUGCAGCAUUUUAUAAUAGAUAUGGUCACUGCAUGUUUAUCAAAGGCUGUUAAUGUGCUCCGAACUGAAUAGUUGUUUAAUUAUAUUAUUGUUUAAUUUAUAAUGAAACACAAAAACUGCAGAUACAAUAACAAAAAUAAGAAUAAGAAAGCCCAAUCUCAAACUUAAAACAUGCAAACAAGUUUAACAUACCAUUUUAUGGUAUGGGUCUUUAAGAACUAUGUACUUACUUAAUUUUUUUAAAAAGUUGUUAUAAUUUUUACAUGAGGAAAUUAAGAUAAAAUUUGAAUUAAGUUUUGAGGCUGUAAAUUAUAUUAAAAAUUUAGUUUAAAGGAUUUAUUUGGUAAGCCUACUACUAACUGGCGUAACUUAAUAAAAUGAAGUCAGUCUUCAAUUCUAGUUUUCUAAACUAGAUUAUAGUAUAGAUGAUUCAUUUUCAAGAUAAAUUCAUUUAAGAUUUAAUGGCCAGCUAUUCAAAGUUAAAAUAAUAUACUUAUUAGGUUAUUACAAAAGGUUUUAACAGGAACAAAAAAAGUGAAAGAAAAUGAUCACUGUUAUUGUAGCAGUAACCGUGAAAAAAUAUGUUUGCUUAAUUAUGAAUUUAUCAGUACUACAAAAAGUGAAAGGAUAUUUUUUGCUGGCAAUGUGAUUAUACCAGUAACACCAACAGUGAAAGAACGUGGUUGCUGGCACUGUGAUUGUCUUUGCUUUCAGAUUUUGUCCCAGAACAUAGAUUUAAAGCAGAAGUUGCUGUCAGUAAAAAGAAAGAAAGAUGAACUGGAGAAGCAACUUGCAUUUGUUCAAAAAGAUCAACAGCAAAACACCUUCCCGAAGCCUAAAUGCAAAAAGUUGGUCAUGUGAAAAAUAUCUUAUAGGCUGCUACAUUUAAAAUUGAUUAAGUGUAUCAAUACAUAUUUAAUUUUCAUAAAUGCUGUUUAGGGUAUUUAAUAAUAAUAUAAGCCUGCAUGGUUAAAAUGGUGGAAACCCUGACCCCGACCCAUUCCGUGCCCCCCAAACUAUCAUGUAGGCAAAUGUAGGCUAUCCAAAACACUCUUGUAAGGAAGAGCAAGUCACUCAAUUCAGUGUCCUUAAAUUUAUCAUUAAGGAAAUGAUUUUGAAAUAAAAUAAAAUAAACUAAUAAAAUUAAUUAAUUUGACUUGUACUGGUGUGUAUGAAGUUAAGACCAUAUAAAAAUAUCUUCUACCUCUUAGCGCUGCUGUUCAGACAGAUCUAAAACCAUGGCCCUUACAUCGCCAGACAAGGCCAACCAAACCUGAGGCUCAAAUGGUUACAGAGGCAGAUAUAACAAGAACAAACAAGUAGGAGUAUGGCUUGUUGGUUAAACUAGUGGUAAAACUGUGUCAUUUUAUUCAAGGAAAACUUGGUCAUUGUCUACGCAGUAUUCUCAGUAUCCUAUGAUUUAUUAUGUUAAUCUCAUUAUCCUAUUCUAUACAUCAUCCCACUGCUCAGUUUUCUAUAUUCUCUUGUUUCUAAGUUCUUUUCUCCUCUACAAUCUCCUCAUCUACAUAAUAUUCUGUCCAUUUCUCUAAUUUUGACCAAUCCCUUCUACCUGCACUCUCUGAUCAUAUAAUUAACUAAGAUUAGUUUUUCUUCUCUCAGCCUUUCAUUCAAUCGGCAUUGAGACACAUGACUGACACUCCUAAUAUGCAAAACUGCGAUUCUUAUAGAGACCACAUAUGAAUGCCACGCCUGAAGCAUGUCUUCUAUAAUAAAAUGUAAAUUAUAAGAGCAAUUUAAUUUUUUUUUUUUUUUGGUGUCAUUGAUGCUAAAACUAUUGAAUAUUUCUAAUUUGGUUAGAGUGCUAGACAUGCAUUCUCAGCUACUGAAGAGAUAUGAUAAAGAAGUCAAACUCAACAUGAGCUAUGCUGACACCAUUUCUGAGUUGAAUGUAAGUCUUUGUUGAAUGUGUUGAGUUAUGAUUAAGAACUCUGUGUGUUACUGACAUUAAAAACCUGCUUUGGAACUUUUAAAGAAUCUAAAUAAAUGAACUAUAAAAACAAUUAUAAAAAUGAUAAAAAAGCUACUCAUUUCUGAAUAUAAUUAGAACUAAUUACAAUGAGUCUGAUUUAACUCAUUUAAUUACACCUCAGAGCACUGUGAGUAUGCUAAAAUAGUAUGGAUACAAGCGCUAUAAAAGUAUUGAAUCAUCAUUAUCAUCUUGUAAUUUUCUUGCUGUUCAUUCAGUAAUUGUUCAAACCAGAUCAUCACCUUUUAUUUUGAUUGAGAGGCAAACCAUACAUGCCUAACAGUGGGAGCAUAAAAUCUAUGAAAACUCUGCAAAAAAAUAAAAAGUACAACUGCAUAAAAAAACUGCUUCCUGUUGACCAACAUUGAAUUGCAUUUCCAAAAGUGUGUCAUCUCUGUCGUGUGCAGCAAUAUUUCUUUUCAGUGAAAAACCUUACAGAAUCCUGUACGUCCACACAAUAAAAAAAAUAUUCUAAAACCCUUACAAAAUAUGGGUAAACUGUAUAUGUUGGCAUGUAUGUUGGCAUGUAUGUUGGCAUGUAUGGUUAAACAUUAUUGCCUAACAACUUUCAUUGACCUCGAGUAGUUAUGGAGUUCAUGUGAUACUUGCUGUCAGUGGCUUAUGGAGUUCAUGUGAUGCUGCUGUCAGUGGCUUAUGGAGUUCAUGUGAUGCUUGCUGUCAGUGGCUUAUGGAGUUCAUGUGAUGCUUGCUGUCAGUGGCUUAUGGAGUUCAUGUGAUGCUUGCUGUCAGUGGCUUAUGGAGUUCAUGUGAUGCUGCUGUCAGUGGCUUAUGGCAUUCAUGUGAUACUUGCUGUCAGUGGCUUAUGGAGUUCAUGUGAUGCUUGCUGUCAGUGGCUUAUGGAGUUCAUGUGAUGCUGCUGUCAGUGGCUUAUGGAGUUCAUGUGAUGCUUGCUGUCAGUGGCUUAUGGAGUUCAUGUGAUGCUGCUAUCAGUGGCUUAUGGAGUUCAUGUGAUGCUUGCUGUCAGUGGCUUAUGGAGUUCAUGNUUUUGGGGUUCGUGGGCUGCUUGCUGUCAGUGGCUUUUGGAGUUCAUGUGAUGCUUGCUGUCAGUGGCUUUAAGAGUUCAUGUGAUGCUUGCUGUCAGUGGCUUAUGGAGUUCAUGUGAUGCUUGCUGUCAGUGGCUUUAAGAGUUCAUGUGAUGCUUGCUGUCAGUGGCUUGUGGAGUUCAUGUGAUGCUGCUGUCAGUGGCUUAUGGAGUUCAUGUGAUACUUGCUGUCAGUGGCUUUAAGAGUUCAUGUGAUGCUGCUGUCAGUGGCUUGUGGAGUUCAUGUGAUGCUGCUGUCAGUGGCUUAUGCUGCCAGGUGUUUAGAGUCUGAUUUGUUAAACGUGUGACAACAAAACUAUAUCUUUUACACAAGAUUUCUUGUUUCAUUUAUAACGUGUUUAUCAAAUUCAGUUGAGACUGGGAGAAACAGAGCAGAAGUUGGGAGAAGAAAAGGAGAAGAGCAUCCAGUUUCAAAGGGAGUUAAUAGUAGCACGAGGACAGGGAAGUAAAAGUGGUAAGCAUUGCGGUGGCAAGAAAGGGGGAAAUUUAAAUCUAAACAACAACACAGCAUACAAAAGAUUGCUCUUGUAAAUAUGAAGAACAACUGAUUUUUAUCAUAGGUAUAUGGUCAUGUCAUGUGAGCUUAGUAAUGCAAGACUAAUAAUUAAAGUGUCUUACAAGACAAAUAAUUAAAAUGUCUGGCAAGACUAAUAAUUAAAAUGUCUUGCAAGACAAUAAUUAAAAUGUCUGGCAAGACUAAUAAUUAAAAUGUCUUUUAAGACAAUAAUUAAAAUGUCGGUAAGACUAAUAAUUAAAAUGUCUGGUAAGACUGUAUCAAGUUCUUAAACAAAGUUCUUUUUAGAAGUCAAAACACAAAAACAGAAUUCAUAACAAGACAAAUAUUAAGUUGUCAAAACAUAAGAGUUGAAGACUUACUUGCUAUUGCCUUCCAUGUUGAGUAAGGAAAGUUGUUUUUAUGUUGCUUUGUUUCCCAAGCUGAAGAUCCAGUGCUGAGAGAUGUGGUCAAAGAAAGAAAUAAGCUGGCCAAAGAAAACCACAAACUGAAGAGUGAGCUGAAGGGCUUGGACCAUGUAAGUAAGAUUGCACCUUGUAAGUAAGAUUGGACUAUAUAAGUAACAUUGGAACAAGGAAUUAAUAUUGGACCAUGUAAGUAAUAUUGGACCUUGUAAGUGAUAUGAAAUCUCAUACAAUUUAGAGUGGAGGAUAUUUAUAACAGUAAGCGCCUAAUUUCAGUGCAUCAUCAGAAAAGGUAAAUCAGAGAUUUAAUAUAAUUUGUGCUGUUCCCUUCUCCCCCACUCCCAGUAAGCAUGGAGCGGCAGAAGACACAAGUCUAAUGAGAAUCUCAAUUUUCUAGUUUGAAUUAUUGUAUUGCAGCUGAGUUCAUUUAACAGGUGCGGGGUGGGGCAUACUUAACUCAUUUGACACAAAUUUGUUGACAUUCCAUAAAAAAUGCAACAUUUAUUUGAAACUAUCUAGAUUUACAUGGCAUUCAUAUCAAGAGAAUAUUUUUCAGCAGAUGAUUAUCAGAUUAAUUAGCAAAAUGGAGAGAUGAUCUGGAAAUGAAUAGCCGCAACCCUACUUGUGACCAUUGAUAUAUUUAUCUGGCACUAAUUGGUGCAACCCUACUUGUGACCAUUGAUAUCUGGCAAUAAUUGGUGCAACCCUACUUGUGACCAAUUGAUAUAUUUAUCUGGCAAUAAUUGGUGCAACCCUACUUGUGACCAUUGAUAUCUGGCAAUAAUUGGUGCAACCCUACUUGUGACCAAUUGCUAUAUUUAUCUGGCAAUAAUUGGUGCAACCCUACUAGCGACUAUUGAUAUAUUUAUUGACCCCAUGGUCAAUGUUGACAAAUUCAUAAUUUAGAAUAUUCUAAUUUAUGAUGUACAAUAGACCCAAAAAGUUGCUACAGUGAUAUAAACAGCAUUAUUAAUGUGUGCUACUUGUUAACUUGACAUAAAUGUUAACAUUUGGGCCGAUUCUCGAAUUAAAUUUUAACAUUAACGUUUUUUUUUCAGAACUUUUUUGAUGAAAUUGAAGAUUUGAAAUUUGCGCUUCUUCAGUCUUCAAAAUUAAACAAUGAAUAUGAGAAAACUCUGCAGAGAAUGUGUUCACAAUUUGGAGUUCCCUACCCUAACCCAGAGAAAAUUUUAACCAAAAGAUGACAGCUUAACAAGUAACAUGAUCAUUGAAUGAUUGACCUAGCAAGAUUGAAAUGUUUACAGUAACCUGAUUAUUGAAUGAUUGACCUGGCAAGAUUGAAAUGUUGACAGUAGAAAUAUUUGAUAUCAGCCAAACUUCUGUUAGAAGUCAAUUUAUUUUGACUUAAGUUUUUAACAUUUUAAAAACUGUGUUUGUUCAUUAAUUUUUCUGUGAGUGAUGUCAAAGAAUUGGACGAAUCAUUGCCUAUUUUGUGUGAGUCAUGUGCAAUAAUGGGGCUAAUUAUUUAGACUUAUUAACUGGACUGAUUAUUUGGACUACUUAACUGGACUAAUUAUUUGGACUAAUUAACUGGACUGAUUAUUUGGACUAAUUAACUGGACUAAUUAUUUGGACUAAUUAACUGGACUAAUUAUUUGGACUAAUUAACUGGACUAAUUAUUUGGACCAAUUAACUGGACGAAUUAUUUGGACCAAUUAACUGGACGAAUUAUUUGGACUAAUUAACUGGACGAAUUAUUUGGACUAAUUAACUGGACAAAUUAUUUGGAUCAAUUAACUGGAAUAAUUAUUUGGACUAAUUAACUGGACCAAUUAUUUGGACCAAUUAACUGGACUAAUUAUUUGGACUAAUUAACUGGACUAAUUAUUCUGACUAAUUAACUGGUCUAAUUAUUUGGACUAAUUAUUGCAUAUGUUGAGUGAGUCGUAUAAAAGAAUGGUACUAAUUUGUUUCUACUAAUUAAUUGGACAAAUUUAUUUGACUAAUUAUUUAUUGCCUAUUUUAAGAGUUAAUGCCCUAAUGUUUUAUUCAUUUCUAUAAAUAUUUAUGGACCUGCCCUAAAUAAGACAUGCUCUAUAUAGCACAUAUAUAUAUGGGACAUGCUGUAUAUGGAAAAUGCUCAAUACAGGACCUGCUCUAUCCAGGAGAUACUAAACUCAAGUGGUGUAACUGUCUUUAAGUAAUCAUUGUCUCAUUCAUCUAAUCUUACUUAAAUGAUUAUAUUAUAAAUGUUUACAAAGGAGAGUUAUAUAUAAUAAAUUCUUUUUCUCUCUCAUGUGAGACUGACAUGUUCUCCUGAAAUAUCCAGAAAGUUGUACCAUAAUCUGGGCUUCUACCUGUUGACAAAUGGUCGGAUCAUUCAUAAUUUACAUAUGUAUCGUUCUUUGAAUAUGUAUAUUGUAAUGAAUUGAAGGCAAUUUAAGUCUUUAUUUUAUACUCGCUAUGUACUUUUGUACUAUGAGCACUAUGUUUUUUAUAGGGCAGGUCCUCAAAAUUUUGAAUCAGGGGCCGGGACAAUUAGAGGUUGUACAAGAUUAUUUUAAAAUGUGAACGCACACUGCGCAUAUCUUGUUUGUAGUGCGAAACAAUUAGAAAAAAAUAUAUAUCAUUUUAAAAUGAAGCACAUUCAAUAUCAACAUCAAGUUUUUAUUAUUUCAAUUGAAAGUAUGGACCUGCUUAGGGCCAAAUAGUUUAUCGAUGUCCAUAUUUGUCACUGGUACUCUGGUACCUGUAUGACAGCCAGAUUUGGCCCGCAGGCCAGUUUGGAGACCCCUGCUAUAGGGUGUAAAAAUAAUUUAUGUAUAGCUAAAACAGGAAGUUAAAGAGCUAUAAAACACUGACCAGUUUGUCUGCACAGAGCUGCCGACCAGUAAGUCUGCAUACAUUAACUGGCCAGCGGAAGUAAUAUUUAACUAGACAGUUAUUGCAACAGUUUCAACAAGAAAACAUGCUUCAAGCUCGUUCAGACGGAGAUAAUAUAUUCAUCCAGCAGACAUUUAUUUAUUGCUAAGUUUGGGGGGUGGGGAAGAUAUUUCAGAAAAAUUGGAGCCAUAUUUACAAACUAAUAGUUUGUGUUAUUGUUACCGUUUGUUUGUGUUAUUGUUACCGUUUGUUUGUGUUAUUGUUACCGUUUGUUUGUGUUAUUGUUACCAUUUGUUUGUGUUAUUGUUACCGUUCGUUUGUGCUACCCAUAGUUUAAGUUACC